AUGUUUCACUGGGGAAAGUGGAAGAAGAGGAUGGGAGCAAAUAGUUCUUCAAAAAGACCCGUUUUUGACGAAAAGGAAGAUGUGAACUUUGACCACUUUCAGAUAUUGCGGGCCAUUGGGAAAGGCAGCUUUGGAAAGGUAUGCAUCGUGCAAAAAAGGGACACAGAGAAGAUGUACGCCAUGAAGUACAUGAACAAACAACAAUGUAUAGAAAGAGAUGAGGUCCGAAACGUCUUUAGAGAGCUUGAGAUUCUACAGGAAAUUGAACAUGUGUUUUUAGUAAAUCUCUGGUAUUCAUUCCAGGAUGAGGAAGACAUGUUUAUGGUUGUGGAUCUCCUGCUUGGAGGAGACCUCCGUUACCACCUGCAGCAAAGUGUCUCAUUCAGCGAGGACGCUGUUAAACUUUACCUUUGUGAAAUGACACUUGCACUAGACUACCUACAAAGCCAGCACAUCAUUCAUAGAGAUGUCAAACCAGACAACAUUCUUUUGGAUGAGCAAGGCCAUGCUCAUCUGACAGACUUCAACAUAGCCACAAUAAUAAAGGAUGGAGAACGAGCAACGGCCUUAGCUGGAACCAAGCCAUAUAUGGCUCCCGAGAUCUUUCAGUCCUUUAUGAACGGCGGGAUGGGCUAUGCCUUUGAGGUUGACUGGUGGUCAUUAGGGGUGACAGUAUUCGAAGUACUACGGGGAUGGAGGCCCUAUGACAUUCAUGCCAGUAACUCGCUAGAGUCUCUCAUCCAGCUCUUCAGCACAGUCAGUGUCCAGUACAGUCCAGCCUGGCCCAAAGACCUUGUGUCUCUCUUGAGAAAGUUACUUACGGUGAAUCCUGAGCAUCGUUUCUCCAGCCUGACUGACAUGCAGACCUCUCCCUACCUCGCUGGCAUCAACUGGGACGCCAUUUAUGAAAAGAAGAUGGAUGCUGGAUUUGUUCCGAAUAAAGGUCGCCUCCACUGCGACCCCACCUUUGAGCUGGAGGAGAUGAUCUUGGAAUCGCGUCCCUUGCACAAAAAGAAGAAAAGACUGGCAAAGAGCCGGUCUCGUGACAACAGCAAAGAUUCACAGUCUGAGAAUGAUUAUCUACAGGAGUGCCUUGAAGCGGUGCAGCAAGAGUUCAUGAUCUUCAACCGUGAGAAGUUGAAAAAGCGUCAGGAAAGUCAAAGCGAGGCUGGAGGUGACGACGGAGAUGGAGAGGCAGAGGCUGGCGUCACCGAUGACGAUGUGGCCGAGCCUGAACCGGAACCAGAACCUGAGCCGGAGUCCUCUUCCAAACUGAGCAUGUGUGGCUCUGUGUGCUCCUCCCCUGGCAGCUGCUAG